AUGGGUCCUGGCCACAUGGGUCCUGGCCACGUGGUUCCUGGCCACGUGGUUCCUGGCCACGUGGUUCCUGGCCACGUGCACUGUCGCCCCAUUGUGUCUCGUCCAGAAAGUAAACGGGGGCAUGCGUGCUCGGAGCAGGAGGGGGGGAGGCGGAGUGAGCACGAGCAGGGGUCUGAUACAGCACCGAAUGCUCCCUGCCACGCGCUCUGCCGAGUACCGAUGGACGUGCUGGAGGGCUGCAUUGCACCGCACCUCGCCGCUUCUGACCUCUGCGCCAUGGCGGCUGUCUGCCGCUGCUGGCACCGCAUGGCCUCCUCGGACUCUCUGUGGCAGCAGCGUUGCGAGAGCACCUUCCCCUGCCACCCGCCCAUUGCUGCAAGCGGAGGCAAUGGGGGAGGAGAGGGCCGAGGGGACAGGGGAGGCGGGAACGGGGGAGAAGCAGCGCGGUGGAAGGGGUUGUUUGGCGCGUUGGCGCUGGCAAGGGCGCAGUGGGGGGGGCGGGUAGUGCGGCUAGUGGCACGGGGAGUGGACUGCUCGAGCGAGUGGGGCGAGUGGCGCGUGCAGGGGAUUGGGUGCGGGGGAGAUGGCGGCAUCUGGUGCAGCGAGGUGGAAGUGGGUUUUUCCCCCACCUCCUUCCACUACACCUCCCCACCCAUCCGUCUCUCCUCGGACUGGCUGCAACCGCACAGCCUCGCCCUGCCCCCUGCCGCCCUCGUUGCCGGAUCCCACCUGAGAAUCCACCUGACAGGCCUCUCCCCCCUCACUGCCUGCCAACCAGCGGGUGGGUCAAGAGACGGGGGAGAAGAGGAGGGGAGGCGAGAAAGAGGUGAUGGGGAGGGGGGAGGUGGAGAAGAGGAGGCAGGGGAGGAAGCGGGAGAGGAUGGGAUGAAGCAGUUUGUGUGCUUUGAAAGAGUGGAAGUAUUUGCCUUUGGCAUUUACCGGUACGGUGUAUUCCCCAACUUGCUCUUUUAA